AGCGCAGCAGCACAAGGCCAUUAUUGUGAGCGCGAGGCGCCGUCGUCGUUGAGGCUGCAGCGCCUCCUCCUCCUCCUCCUCCUCUUCUGAGGGAUUAAUUAAUUGGCUCAAUUAAGGGAGCUUCGUCCGCCGCUCAACUGGCCUGGCAUUCUGCGGAAAGGAAGGGCUCCAAGAGAUUAUAUACAUACCCAUAUAUAUAUAUAUAUAUAUAUAUAUAAUACAUACCCAUAUAUAUGCUAUUAUAUAAGGACAUCCUUUGCCUCAUUGUCUCUUAAUUAUCAGUGGCUCGUUGUCCUCGUCGCUCUUCGUAAAAGUUUGCCUUGGAGGUCAAGAGAGAAGAAGGAAGGAAGGAAGAAGGUGUUUUGACAAAGGAUUAGUAGCUUCUUUGAUGAUGUCCCGACGAAGCCAGCGCCUUGGUGGAACUGUUCACUAUUACCAAAGUGAAGACGAUGGCAACAGCAGUAGUAGUAGAGGGAGCUCCCUGCUGGGUGGACAACAGCCCUUAUUGAAAGACAUUUCCAAUAGCCGGAGUCUGAGAAGAAAAUCGAACACUGUGAAGCAUCCCUCUCCAGCCCCCAGCCUGGGAACCAGUCCUGCUACCCACACCACCUCCUAUUACGAGUCUGUGGUCAGUGAAUCCUACUUGAAUGAUGGCAGAGGACUUUCAUUUAGAGGCAGCACUACCUUGGAUGAUCCACUGGAUAGCAGUUCAUACUGGAGCGAGGAUCUCUCCAUGAGAAGAAGAAGAGCUGGUGCUGGAGGCAUAGAAACCAGUAAAAAAAUCAAUGGGCUGGCUGAAAGAAAGAUUUAUGACACCUAUGCAUCCUCCUCUGGUUAUUCCUCUGAGGAUGACUACACAGGGCACGCUUACUCGGACCAGAAUACCUCAGGUUCUAGGUUCAGGAAUGCACUUUCCAAAGUAGGCUCUUUUUUGUGGAUGGUGGUUACCUCACCAGGACGGUUCUUUGGGUUGUUAUACUGGUGGAUUGGGACCACAUGGUACCGCCUUACAACUGCAGCCUCUCUCCUUGAUGUCUUCGUCUUGACAAGGAGCUAUCCAAUCCUGAAGAAGCUGUUUCUCUUGCUCCUAAUGCUGUUGCUCCUGACUGCAUCUGGUUAUGGCAUCUGGUAUUUUUACCCCUUUGGCCUCCGCCUUUCUAUGUUUCCUUGGGGAGCUGUGAAAUUGUCUCCUCCUGUUACCAAGAAGGCAUAUGAAGCAGGAGGCUUUGGUGUUUUCUCUGAAGCCCAGCAGCAAGUAUUGUCUCGGCUCCAAGCACUGGAGAGACGUUUUGAGACCCUGGAAGCUAAAGCAUCAUUGUUGGAACUCCAAAGGGGAAAAACAACAGAAGGGGCAGCUCUGUCACAUGAUGAUACCCUGACACUUCUGGAUGGGCUAGUGAAACGGCGAGAGACGGCCAUGAGAGAGGAUUUUCGCACAGAGACAGACCUUCACAUCCAGAGUGAGUUGGAUGCUUUCCGAUCUCAACUGCAGCAGGAUUUUGACCUUCUGCAGAAGAAAAUCUCUCAGGCUUCCGAGGAGACGGCGAGCCGGAUGAUCCAAAUGAAGGCACAAUUGCAAAGCUCUACCCAAGAAAGUCUAAUGGGUAAUUUCCGAAAGGAGAUGGACAAGCUGGAAGGACAGCUUGCAAGCCUUAACAAGGAAUUUGGAAACUUGGCCUCUGAUCAAAAGGUGUUGUCAAAACACGUGGAGUCUCUUCCGGGGCAGAUCAAGGAAGUGAUGGAAGAUGUAGAAAUCCAGUUUCCGAUAUGGCUUAGCCAAUUCCUGUCCCAAUCUAAAAAGGAUGGGACAGGAAGUUUGUUCCUCCAACAUGAUGAACUACAGGAACAGCUGCGUGUGCUGGAGCAGAAGAUUCUUGCCAAGAUCUCUGAAGACCAGCAGUUUUCUGUGCAGAACGUUAGAGUAGCACUCCAAAAGGAAGGAGUCAUAGGAGUAUCGCAAGAGGAAGUGCACCACAUUGUGAAGCAGGCUUUGAAGCGGUACAGUGAAGAUCGCAUUGGAAUGUUUGAUUAUGCACUUGAAUCUGCAGGGGCCAGUGUUAUCAGUACUCGGUGUUCAGAAACUUAUGAGACCAAGACUGCUCUGCUUAGUCUUUUUGGGAUUCCCUUGUGGUACCACUCUCAGUCUCCACGAGUCAUUCUGCAGCCAGAUGUCCUGCCGGGGAACUGCUGGGCAUUCCAAGGCUCCCAGGGCUUUGCUGUGAUUCGUCUUUCAAGUAACAUCUAUCCCACUGCUGUGACACUAGAGCACAUAUCUAGAUCCCUCUCACCCAAAGGAGCCAUUCCCAGCGCUCCCAAAGACUUUGCAGUCUACGGUUUAGAUGAAGAAGGGCAGCAAGAAGGUGUCCUCCUUGGGCAAUUCACAUAUAACCAAGAUGAAGAGCCUAUCCAGACAUUCCAUUUCGAGGAUGAAAAAAAGACUUCUACAGCCUUCCAACUAAUUGAACUCAGAAUCCUCAGCAACUGGGGCCACCCAGAAUACACCUGCAUUUACCGUUUCCGUGUGCAUGGGGAGCCGGUCUCUUAACCCCUCCUUAGUGCCAUAAUCUUGCUCGUUGGCUACCUCAAGUUCUGCGCCUCGGACUGACAAGGGCUGACAGAAAGCAGUUUCAGGAAGGAGAGCAACUUGGGAUGAGCAGUGCUGCUGCUUCUUUUGUUAUGUUGCUCGUAGAUGUGGGAAACUCAACAGCCACACUUCCUGCUCAGUUGAUUCUCUCCUGGGAAAAACCUUUCCAUGUGGAGAGGGAGAAAGAGGGCUCCUUAAUUUGGUAUUUAUAUUCAGUUGGGUUUUUUAAUGUUUUUUUAAAGCCUAUGCAGCGGUUUGUAUCUUCCCUGUCUUUACCACCCCAAACAAACAAAAUGAUUUCUGGAUGUUCCUUUAGACCAGCGGUUCUCAACCUGUGGAUCACGACCCAUUUGGGAGUCAAACGACCCUUUCACAGAGGUCACCCAAUUCAGGCUCACCCCUCCUCCUCCAGGAUGGCAGGCCUCCACUGGCCUGCCGCCACCUCAAUCAUGCAGGACUUCAGCCCUGCGUGUCACAGCUGUGGCUAGAAGUCCUACCCCUUCCCAGCUUCCCAACCAAUCAGGUAGGCCACCAGCCAGAAAAGGGGAUGUGGCUUCCAGCCACAAAGGCCACUGGGACUUGUAGGGUCACAGCAUUAGAAAGGUUGGGAACCACUGCUUUAGAUAGCCAUGUCAUAGUAACUUUCUUAGUUCUAGUGGUGUUGAUGUAAUUAUUCUAUCAUAUAUGGGGGUGGGAUGAUGUAUUUAUAAAAAUUGCCUCAGAUGAGAGCGGUUGGAGACUUUAUGGUAUUGCCUAUUUCUUUCUUGGUUUGGCAGAAAUUUGUUGUUUUAAUCCAACCAUAAAAGGUGGUUUGAUGUUGACUUUAGUGGAAGCCUAGAACACUGCACAGUAGGAAAAAAGCAGAGCUUGGAAAUGUGAGUUCUUGGCCUACACCUCCCAAAGUCUCAAAUGUAGGCCCAAAAUGAAUGUUUCAACCUCUGGGAAAAUGAACUUAUUUAUUUGAAGGGGUCUAUGGAGCACUUAAAAACUGGAGGCCCCAAUCCUGAAAUUUGGAAAACAGUGGAACAUUAAAAUGGAUUUAUUAAAUAAUUUAUUAAAAAUUAAACAAACCACUCUUAUGUCAGUAUGGAUUAUGGGUGAAACUCGUUCUCGUUGUGUGGGAGUUUUUGUUCUGUUCUAAAAUGUCUAAUUUGUUAUAGAGAAAUGGGGAAUGUGACCCUCACACCAGCAUAGACAUGCUUACAUCAAUCCUCAGUAUAUGGGGGAUGAAUUGACAAUGCUGAAUUGUGAGGAAAAAGCACUCUGUAUGUCAAUUGAGGCACUCGUAUUUAUCUCAAAUAUUCCGCAGCUGAGUCCAGAUAGUAACAGUAAAUCUUAAUGAACCUUGGCUCAAAUUAAACUUUGCAUUUGCUCCACUUGCAAUGGAAACAGCUAUGUUUUGUCUCAUGCUGCAUGUUUUAUCUCAUAUGUUGCUGCCACGCAGGUUGUGCUGCAAUACAGAUGGCUUCCUAUGGUCAAAAAGGUUUGGAUGCUUCUUAUUGAGCUGCUGUAAAAUGACUAUUAAUUUUAUAAGGCACUGUGGUAGCAAUGAGCUGUAGUUAGAAAGGGACCACUAUACUGCCCAAAACUUGCCACUCAAGGAUCGUGCUUUGAGUUUGGUCUAGAAGCCAUACAGAUAACCUGCAUGGUGUGUAUAUUUCCACCUAACUCUAUGCAUUGGUUUACUAAGUGAUGAGGAAAACCAAACCACCCUUGUUUAAUUGAGGUACUUAUGCAGAAUAAUGAAAUGAGGGUAAUUGAGGCCAGGUUCCUAUUUGACACUGGGAGAGUAUAAAGUUCUGCCAGCAUACUUUUUGAGGAAAGUGAGGAGAGAGCGAUAGCUGCCAGCUAGACGAUGAUGCAAGGAACUUUACCUUGUAUGUACAUGCUUGCACACAGUUGGUUAAUUUUGGUUAGGGAUGCUGGAUGGUAACCCAGCACCAUCCAGCAGCCAUUAUUCAGCCUCAGAAAAAUUGUUAUGAAAGGAGCUGCAGGAGACCUCCUUGUGCUAUGUUGGCAAAAGUAGGUACUCUUGAGUAAUACCUGGUUACACGAAGAGAAUUCCAGCCUAAGAAUGCAGAAGUAUCCCUCCCCUUUACUAUGAAGUGGUUUGAUCUAGGAGUUUGUUUUAAUUGGCUGUAAACCACACCACUCUCAACAUCUAAGAAAAUCUGCAGUAAAAUUCUCACUAAUGUAUGAGAUAAUAUAGAUGACCUCUCAAGUAUUUAUAAUUACACUGAGAUAUAUUACCUCUCAAUACUAUCAAAGUUACCUCUAUUCACCAACAAUGAAAGCUAUACUAAAACAGAACAUUCUUCUAGUGUGGAUACUUCAUGUUGUACCUUCAUCUAAGUGGAGAAAGACCUGUAGAUGGCUUCAGCAAUGAGCCCGAUAUGGCAGAAGGAGUAGCCCUGCAGAUGCUAAACUACAACUCUCAUCAGCCCUAACCAGCAUAGCCAGGGAUGAGGAAUUAU